UUCGCGAUUAUAACGAUUUUAAAUUUUGAAUUUUGUACAUACAUGCACGACUGUACGCAUUUGACAGUAAUUACUUAAAAAAUAAGUAUUUUAGAGUAGUAUUUUGUUACUUCAGAAGGAACAGAUACUCGUAAGAAAAAUAUAAGAUAAAGCUCCUGAUAUUUACUACACGGUACAGUGACUGUUUUCUCUCGUUUGUUAUAUUAUCAUACUUUACCAAUCCGUAAAAGUCAACGCACAGGAAAGCAUGGGGUGUGAGUUACAUUUGGAGAUAUGUCAACAUUCCUACAGUACUUUAUCGAAGGAACAAAUUUUAGAAGCUGUUAACACAGAGCUCUCAACGUGGUUGGAAAUUUAUCUUGAUACUAUUAUAUAUGGUAAAGAUUGCACAAAUCUUGUAUUAAAGGAACAUGUCGAGUCUAUGGUAUGCUCAGAUUAUAGCAGCCUUGAGAAAGAAAAGGUCUAUAUUCAAGAGGCUGUAUUUAAGUUUUACAUCUACAGUUUGACACAAGAGAUGGCUGCAACAGAAACAUUGCAGAGUGACUCUGAGGAACUGUCGGUUGCAUCUCACUGGGUGUUACCUUCGAUAGAAUUUCAUCACAUAUGGCAACAUUUGUUUUAUGAUAGUAAUAUAAAGAACGAUUUGUUGCAUUAUGUGGAGACAACAAUGUUAUUUUCUGAUCGUGGCGUUAAUUCUAAUGUUAUAAGUUGGAAUAAAGUAAUAUUGCUGCACGGUCCUCCAGGUACAGGAAAGACCAGCUUAUGCAAAGCUUUGGCUCAAAAAGCUGUCAUUCGUAUGAGAGAUUAUUUCACUCAUGGAGAAUUCAUCGAAAUUAAUAGUCAUAGUCUAUUUUCUAAGUGGUUUUCCGAGAGUGGGAAGCUCGUUAUGAAGCUGUUUGACGAGAUAAGAAAUCUGGUCCAAGACACAAAAGCACUGAUAUGCAUUCUGAUUGAUGAAGUAGAAUCGUUAGCGCACGCACGUAAAUCGUGCGCUAAUGGUACCGAACCGUCUGACUCUAUACGUGUUGUGAAUGCUUUACUUACACAAUUAGAUCAAAUCAAACGAUAUCCGAACGUUUUAAUUCUAACGACGAGUAACAUGACGGAAGCUAUAGAUCUCGCGUUCGUCGAUCGAGCGGAUAUAAAACAAUACCUCGGAUUCCCGUCGGAAGUGGCUAUUUAUCAUAUUUACCGCUCGUGUCUACGAGAAUUAAUGAGGACUGGUGUCUUGAAUCAUAAAGAGAUAUGUGACAUAUCAGAGUUAAAAAUGCUUGGAUAUGAAGAAACUUCAAACACCAAGAACAGCUUGAAACUGCUGGAAAUUUGCCGGGCGAGUGUAGGUCUAACCGGCCGUGCCUUAAGAAAGAUGCCAUUUCUCGCACAUGCUCUUUAUUUAUCCGGAGUCUCGAUUUCGUUGUCUCAAUUUCUGAAAGCGAUGCAAUUAGUGAUCGAAAAACGGAAAAGAGAAAGUUUACAAUGAUGAUGAGCGCAGAUAAAGAGGAAAAUCGUUCCCUUCUAUUUAUUAUUGAUAGGACGAUUGUUACAUGUUAUUUAUGAGUAUUAAAUGACAGUACUCGUGAAAUAUACUUAUCGACUAAUUGAGCCAUUUAUUUCGAGUCAUUUUAUUUAUUGUUCAUUACAUCAAACAUAUGAGGUAAUGAAUCGGUUGCGACGUCCUGUGACUGAUCGUAUCGUGGAAAACUGUUUUUCUUUAUCGCAUUUUCUUGGAUGGUUUGUUUCGAUGCUUAACACAUGCAUACGAGAAACCUUUCAUAUAAAAAAUACUUCUUAUUUUUAGCUGCUUUACAACGUAUAUAAAAUAAGUAAAAUGCCGUAAGAGGGGACACUUCCUCGUGUUCUCUUAUAAGAAUCUUGUAUUUGCUUCAUAGGAAGCAGACAUUCUAUUUCCUUCGACCAAAAUCAUGUUUGUUUCGAUAUAUAAUGAUAAAUAAACAGUUGCUGUUCCUUUAUUCUAUCAUGUGGAUAUCCUUGUUACAUGGAUGAGUGUUGUAAUUUCCGAAAUAAAUAAACUAAGAGACCGAUGAAAGACUUCGUUGAGAAGCAAGUAUCAAAAAUAGUGUUUAAAUAAAAGGCUUAAGCCGCUCUAAAAUUACAUGAUUUUUAAAGGCAUCUCUAAAUAAUUUUUUAUUGUAGCGGUCACGAAUCGAGGUACGGCCGACGUCGAUGUAUACCGUACUAUGCCUUAGAUCGAAAGUUACACGAUCUUCAUCAAAACCUGCGCUAAGCCCUGGGACGAACUUGACGGAUGUUGGAAUAAGCAUCGGAUCAGCACAGCGUCAGUUUCCUUCCAAAUUUUCAUCUCUAGAAUACUUGAAAUUUGCCAGGUCUUUGGUUUAUCCAUCUCUCGUACCAUCUUGUUCUGCAUCAACGAUUCUACUUGUAAGUCUCCUAUGAACCUGUCCGAAAC